UGCGUCAAUCCCUUUGCUUCUUUUCAAGGAGCCACGCGUCGUCUUCGUCCUGUGUGGUUGCAGUCGUCAAACGAGGGGAGGAUUGGAAAACUCUGCUUGAGCAGCAACAACGACCAUUUUGCUUCAUAUUUAGCAAUCUAAAGUACUUUGAGCGUGGAAAAGAAAGGCCGCCAGUCGUGAUUGUGUGUUACGUUCCGACCUCAAAUAAGAAGAUUUAGAAGACUUCUACUCAGGUCAAAGCCACAGGGUUUUUCCCUCCAUCGUGUUCUCCACGACUUUUGGAACAUUACUGCAACCGAAGCUUUUAAAAAUUUAUUCUUAUCAUUAAAAUACAUUAGAAAAUAUUUCAACUGUUUGAUGCCAAAUAUAACCAGACACUUAGAGGUUGGGAGCACGAUUGAUAUUUGCAACGUUGCCAAAGUUUAUAAUUAAAUACUCGGUCGUAUUCGACUCGUUAACAGGCUAAGGCCUAGAACUGAGUGGAUAUUUUAUUGCUUUAAACUAUUUUCAACUUCGUAUGCCUCGUUCCAUUUUGACUUGAGAGUCACACGUCCUGCUCAGCCGGUUCCGCACAGUUUAAUUUUAUAUCCUUACUGUUAAUUUUACUGCUUUCCAAUCCUCCCAACGAUGACUCUUUGUGCGCGAGCCACGCUGCAUUUCUUGCGGCCGUCUUGUGCGCUGCUGAUUUUGGCUUUAGCGGUGCUCCAUGCUGGAGCCGAGCAUGCCGAACAGAAGUCGACGGUGGGGAAGGAAAGCCAGCCGACGGUCACACUACGCGGCGUGCUCCGCGGAACCGGCCAGGAGCUCCAUCGAUACGUGGAGUCACUCGUGGGAAUGGAUGCCAUCCGAUCAGCUACAGAGAGUGCACUCUUGUUUCUCGAGUCACUGCUUGGUCAGGAGAACGUCUAUUCAGUGGCCAUGUUUCUGGGAAUGGUGUUCCGCUUCCUGGCCGAAGGAGUUGCCAACGGCCUCAAUGUCAUCGCCGCGUACGUCACAGAGAUCCUCCGGGUCAUAGGAUUUGACGCCCUCACGUUACCCCGCUUCACCCCAGAGGGCGUGACCACAGUGGCCCAGUGGGGGGUCCUGGCUGUCAUCGCCUACUGGGUCAUGACCAUCCUCCUGCGCUUUGCAAUCGACGCGCUACGACACGUCUUCUGGUUGGUGAAAAUGGCGGUGGUGCUGUGGCUCUUCGCCAUGAUCGUCAGCGACAGCAACGCCAGCGCCGACACCACGGCCGUGCGCCUGGGCGGCCUGGUGCUGGGAUACAUCUUAUUGAGCCUGCUCACGUCCGGCUCCAACAAGACCGGUGUGCUCGAGCAUCGCCUGAAGAGCCUGGAGGGCCGAGUGAAGGCGGUUGAAAAGAGGAAAGGCAACUAGCGAGGAAACAUUGGACAAAGGUGCCAGUGAAGAGCCACUAUCAGUUUUUGUCUGUACGUGUGAGAAAAUUAUGAUGGGCAAUAAAG